GCGAGGGAAGAGCGCGAACGGGAACGCGCACUUCGUUUCCUCGUGCAGGAAAUGUCACACUGGAAAAUGCAGUCCAGUUCCACUCCUCCCCGCAAGAAUAUGGACAAGCCGUUACCUUGUCCACCACCACCCUCGCCAGCGACGUCCACAACGCAGUCCACUUCGUCGCGUGUCAUGCGUUCGCGUUCCUCAUCAAUGCGCAUUUCACGACUGCCUUCAUUCACAAGCACGUUGUCGUCUGAUCAGAGCCAACCACAAGAUAUAUUUACACCGCCAUUACCUGUCUCCGUGAUCGUUCACGGGGACGCUCAACAUGAACUCAUUUCAGACCUUCAAGCGUUCCGAUCCGAUUUUCCUCCGACGCAUGGAAUCAUUACAUAUGAAGGUUCAGGAUGAACAAGAGCUUUCUCUGCUGUCACCAGUUCAUGAUGAUCGUGACUCAGGAUACCCAUCCCCUACCCUCUCCAAUUUUUCGUACACCCCUUCUCGCGAAACUGCACUCACGAGUCCCUGCACCAGUUUUCCCGCAUCACCUGCAAGCGCGACCUUCACUCCAUGCUUGCCGGAAAAUAUUGCACUGCCAGCAUCCCCUGAUGCUGAUUGCUUCCCCGAGGCGCCUCAUUCCGAGGAUCGCGGUGAUGGUUCAUUUCCGAGACCUCCGUCCGACACGGCACUUCCCGUAUCACCAUCAACAACUGCAUUUUCAGUAUCACCCUCAUCAACUGCAUUCCCGGUAUCACCGAGCACCACUAUGUUUCCCACCUGCGCGCCUGAACUUUCGUUUUCUACGUCACCUGUGGCAGUGUGUCCCGCUACCCCUUCCGACUCGAAGGACUGUGUGGAUGACAAUACCGCACAAUCUCAGCAGUUACGCUCGUCCACAAAUAGUUCGGGAGACCUCCAAAGCAGGUGGUCAGUUGCAACGACGGCAUCAGUGACUCCUUCACCUUCCGAUCCAACCCCGACACCCUCGGGGACAUUCCUGAGGUCCAGAACUCCUUCGAGGGGGAAAAAGGACAGGGAGGGAUCAAAAGAGCUGAAAACGCCGCGCAAGCGCGCCCGUCUUAUGAGUUUCAUCUCGAAACUCUCCCCGGGUCGUUCAGAUAGCAAUGUCACAGCCUCGACCGACUAUGACUAUGAGUCGGAUACAGAUGAGAAAGUCAUCAAGUCUGCAAAGACAAUUGGAAAGAAAUCAUCUUUAGCUAGUCUACGAGCAUCAUUCUCUUUAUCUCGUGCCUCUUUUGCAUCUCAGCGUCCACCUGUGUCGUCCUUGGCAGAGGUGCCUCCGCUCCCUCUGUCGCCCACUCGUACGUCAUUCAGCGCAUCACGCAUGUCUCUCGCAGCGGAUGGUGCGAUGAGCAACGGGGAGGCGGUACCACCGGUACCGACCAUCUCGUUAUCGAGAAUUCCUUCCCGCGCCACCGCGGUUGACGACCCAUUGCCGCCUAUUCCCCAAUCUGCUUCGACUAUCACAUCCUUCCGGAGUGCGUCUCUGAUUUCUCUGCAGACUUUUACCCCUCCUUCCGGCUCAGCAUCACAGCUGUCCUUACUUGCGUCACCCACUGCAAGUCAUAGUACAUCGAGGUUAUCUCUACUAUUGGCAGCUGCAUCUUCCAGGAAUUCGGUUGUGUCAUCUGCCGCAUUGGACGCGCCCAUUUCUAUUCAUCCCAUACCGAGUUCCAUGCCCAGUAGAGCCAAGUCGAUCUUCAAGCUAUCUUCGCGACCAAAAACCCCCAAGGUUCGGGCCGUGGCAACUCCUUCAAAACUUCCUCUUCCUCGGACGGUGUCUGUGUCUUCUUCCAGUUUCCCAAAUGGGGCGAGCCCAACUGUGUCGAAGAUCCCACCACCGCCCACAAAUUUCACGCCCCCAUCAAAAUUAGCAUCGAUGCUUGCUUCGCAGUCUUCAUCAUCGCGGCUUCCUCAUCCGACGUCUUUCAACGCGCCACCAACAUCCAUACUUCCACCUCCGCCGUCGAAGAUAGCUCCACCGCCAAAAGUUAUUGUACCGAGUUCUCGGACACCAUAUAUCCCGCAAUUUAGCCCUUCGACUAUGGAACCGAAGUCACCUAUGUCGAUUGAUGAACCAACUGCACUGGUUUCGAGACUUCCAUUGCCUUCCGCAAUGAAAGCAACCCGCACUAGCACCGUGAGAGGCUUUUGGCGCAGGGCACAAUAGGUGCCAUUUAGUCAAAAAAAAAUAGAGGAUCAUGGAAAUUAGGACGGGGAAUUUGUCGCUUCUUUCUGCUCAACACGCCGGCGCACGCUUUCAUCAAUCUCAUACUAU